CCCCCUACCAGAGACUAUUUGGCAAACCAGUUAAUCCCAACUUGGUACAAAAUAGAAAAAUCUAAUGUAAUCUCUGAGCUUGCUGAGGUCCACUCUGUUGCCCUCACUUGUGACUCCUGGACUAGCAUUGCUCAGGACCAUUACCUAACUGUCACAGCACACUAUUUAGUGGAGGGCAAAAUGAAGCAAAAAGUGCUGCAAACCAAAGCUGUCUACACAGCCCAGACCGGACAUGUCGUAGCAGAAGAGAUCGGCGACAUCCUGAAAGAUUAUGGCAUUUUUGACAAAGUAGUGGCUGCUACUGUGGAUAAUGCUGCAAAUAUGGACGUAGCCAUAAAAAGACUAGAGUUUGUAAAACUGGGCUGCUUUGCACACACACUCAAUCUUGCAGCACAGAGUCUCUACUCCCUGACUGCAGUGACUCAGUGGACUGCAAAGAUCCGUGCCAUCAUCGUGUGGAUGAAGAGGUCCUCGAUGGCAAAGGUUGUUCUGCGAGAGAAGCAAGAUCUCCUCAACUUGCCCGGCUGAGUGAUGAAGACUUCAGGAAGGCAGAGGACUUCAUCAACUUGAUGAGAGUUCUUUACACUUCCACGCUUUGCGUUUCAACUGAGAAGAACCCCACAUGUGGCCAGAUCCUGCCAAUUCUGAAAAAGCUUGAGAUGCACUUUACUGUUGUUGAGGGAGACACAGUUUUUAUAACCAAUCUCAAGAAGCAAGUUUGGGCAAACUUGUCCAAGCGAUAUCAGAGUGAGGACAUCAGGAACUUUCUUGAAGUGGCCACAGCAUUAGACCCACGCUUCAAACUAAAUAUUGGUGGUGGUGAUGAUGAUGCUGUCUGGGACCGAAUCAAAAGAGACAUGAUGAAAGACUCCGAGCAUGAGCAGCAGUCAACAGAGGACGAUUGUGGAGAAGGUAGUGAGAAAAGGGAUGAGAAUGAUGAAGUGGAGGAGGAAGAUGAGAAUCAACAACCUCCAAGCAAACAUCCAAGAAAGUCUCCAUUGGAGGAGCUUUUUGCCGAUGAGGAUGCAGAAAAGAUGUCAUCUCAUAGGAGGACCAUGUCCAUCCAGGACCAGGCAGAGAAGGAGAUCCAGAUGUAUAAGGAGACACCACCAACCUUUACGUCUGAUGACCCUGCUGCCUGGUGGUGGAACCAGCGCAUGACUUAUCCUUUAAUGUCAAACACCGCCUUUUCGUAUUUGUGUGUUCAGGCCUCCUCUACACCUAGUGAACGGGGGUUCUCAACUGCCGGUGACACAAUCUGUGCUGAACGUUCACGGAUACUGCCUGAGAAGGCAGACAUGCUCAUAUUUUUGAACAAGAACUGUUUUUAAUUUAAUGAGUUAGUUUAUACAUGUCCAGACCAGGGUGCAAGUUCUGUAAUAUAUAAAUAUGUGUUUUUUGGUCUGGUGCGUUCCUAAUUUUCUCCUACAUAAGCUGCAG